CUGAGUUCCUAUGGAUUGGUGGAGCUCUUGGUAAGCUCCUCGGCCACAUUUACUCCCAGAUCAUGUUUUGGUCAGUCUAGAUGUGCUAUCGACGAGGACAUAUAAACCACAGGCAUCGAUCACCUCAACAGAUUAUGUUGUAUUUUGUUUGCAACUGUGAAUUUAGCGGAUUCAGAAGUUGUUAGGCUGGUCCGGCUACUUGGCAAGCUUGAGUCGGCGAGUUUUUGCUUAAUAUAACCAUGGCUGAUGCGAACGACGGAGAGAGGACGGAUGAAAACGAGUUCAAGGGGGCUACAGGUGGUGAAGAUGUCAUGGAUGAUGUGAUCAUUGAGCAAAGUGCAGUUCUACUAAGAGGGUAUGUUAUUGAGCGCGCUACUGUAGAAGAACCAGGCAUGCAUAUUAGCCAUGAGGAACUUGGAGGAAGACCUCAGGAAGCAGAUGAUCCUCAAAUCAAAGAGGUUGUAGAUCAACUUUUGAGGAUAGCAGAUGAACUUAACAGGAAUGCUGAGCUUCAACAUCUCAUUAACACUGUGGAGGCUAACUGCGCUCAGGAUGUCUUCAUGACAGUGGCCAGGAGCAUCUUUGAAGAUGGCAUUAACUGGGGACGUGUGGUGGCUCUGUUUCACCUCGCAUAUAGGCUUAUUUACAAGGCACUGACUCAGAACCACUUGGAUAUUGUCAAGAGGAUCAUUAGCUGGGUUUUACAGUUUAUCAGGGAAAACAUUUCUGCCUGGAUCAGACAGCAAGGAGGAUGGCAAGGUGUUAGCCAUAGGAUGUCAAGAUGGCGCACUGUGUCCUGCAUCGCUGCGGUGGCGUUCAUCGUAGCUGCCGUUUACUGGAGAAGAACUCGCUAAGAACAAAUGAAAGUCAUGACGUGCCAGUUUGCGAAACUCGUGUCAAAAGCAAUACAAUGUGUAAUCAUGAGAACCAAUCAUGUGGCAUAUAGCUUUGCUAUGUAAAUGACGGUUUAAAGGCUUAAAGUCGUGUAACUGGUAAAGGAAACAGCCACUGCGAUACAGUAAUCCUUUAUUUGAUUUUUUUUUUUUUUUAGGUGCAAAAAAAAAUGCAAUCGAGUGAAGGAACAACUUUCACCUUGAUUUAUUUAUUUGCAGGGAUGUGUUGCUUUACGUAAAGAUUUUUAAAGACACCGCACUUUUCUCCAUCAGUGCCUUUUAACUGUAAGGAGUUUUACAGUUUUACAUAUCAACUUUUUAAUGUGCCACGAGAUUUACCAGCCCUACCUCCAAUCAGCUAAAUAUCUUGGACCAAAUGUUUACUGUCAAGUUUUUAAAUGAUCUUAUAGGGCAUACAAAAGUAGUCAAAUGCAAUAUAUUAGACCUGCUUAAAAAGGUUAAACCACAAUACAUUUAUAUUAUGCAGUUGAAUAAAUGACUGAAAAGGAUAAAACGUAAUGAAUAUGAACACUUCUUGCAUACCUUGAAAUAAAAAUGAUGAAAUACUGUUUCUUAUAUACUGUGUUUUAUUUUAUUACAGUAUACAGUGUAUGUAUGCAUGUAUGUGUGUGUAUAUAUAUAUAUAUAUAUAUAUAUAUAACCUGCUGAAAAAAAAGGUACGAAUAAAAUCAGGGUUACAGUGCGGCAUUUACAAUUAAUAAACUUAAACAUUUGUAAUAAUAAUAAAAUAAUGGUUUGAUGUAAGGAAUACACAGCACAUGUGUAGCCUCAUGGAGUUCAUCACAUUAACCAUGGACAAGUGUCCAAAUAAGUCUUCAUUUUGAACAUCGUAUCCAUUGGUUUAGCAUCUGAAACCCAUCAAAUGUAUUUCUAAAAUGUUGAAUAGAAAAAUAGAAAUGUUUUGUUUGAAGCAUAAUUGUGCAAUCUGUCUUUAAAAUAAA